GGUUGGUCUUCUAUAGACAUAGAGCAAUUAUAAUAAACAUUUUCACAGGUGACAAGGAAUAUUGGAUCAGAUAUGACACAUGAGAAGAGGUUUAUCCAGGGAAGGAAAUUUACAGAACAAGCAUUUUACUCUCUUUCUCUGUUCCAGUAGUUUAUCACUGAACUCCAUCCUACCUCUUCCUUCUGAAGCCAUGAAUUCUCUAUCCUGGAUUACUGUUGCAGCACUUGCUACAACCUUCCUUCAACUAUGCUCAUCAGUAAAGAUAACAAAUACAGCAACCCAGGAGGCUGACAGAAUCAUCAAGUUGCCUGGACAACCAGAGGUCAAUUUCCAGCAGUAUAGUGGAUACAUAACUGUGGAUGAAGAGCAACAAAGAGCUCUUUUCUACUACUUUGUUGAAGCAGAAACAAAUCCAGCUUCAAAACCUCUUGUUCUCUGGGUAAAUGGAGGUCCCGGUUGUUCCUCCAUUGGAACAGGAGCAUUCUCUGAGCAUGGGCCUUUUAGACCAAGUGGAAAAAAUCUGGUCAGAAAUGAGUAUAGCUGGAAUAAAGAGGCCAACAUGCUAUACUUGGAGACUCCAGCAGGUGUUGGGUUCUCUUAUUCCACCAAUACCUCCUACUAUUAUGGUGUGAAUGACGAGAUGACUGGUCCUGGGAAGAAUUAUAGCAUUGAAGCACAGAAGAGUUAUAGUUACACAUCAUGGUUUCUAAGAACCUCUUCUCGAUGGCUUGACAAAUUCCCAGAGCACAAGAACAAAGAUCUUUUCAUCACAGGAGAAAGCUAUGCUGGUCAUUAUGUUCCACAACUUGCACAGCUCAUGAUUCAGUUCAACGACCAGAAAUUGUUCAAUCUAAAGGGAAUAGCUCUGGGGAACCCUCUUUUAGAAUUCACCACCGACUUCAAUUCAAGAGCUGAAUUUUUGUGGUCACAUGGACUGAUAUCAGAUUCAACCUAUGGUUUCUUCACUUCUGAUUGCAACUACUCUCGGUUCUUAAGUAAGUAUUAUAGAGGCUCUGUCUCUUCUGUUUGUUUAAGAGUUGUAAGCCUGGUCAACAGAGAAAUUAGUAGAUUCAUAGAUGAAUACGAUGUCACACUCAGCGUCUGUGUAUCGUCCAUUCUUUCACAAUCCAAGGCUCUGACUCCCCAGCAGAAAGUUGUAGAAAGUACAGACGUCUGUGUUGAAGAUGAAACAUAUAAUUAUUUGAACCGGGAUGAUGUACAGAAGUCUCUCCAUGCCCAUCUUGUAGGAGUCAGCGGCUGGAUUGCUUGCACUAACUAUAGAGUCAUCAAAUAUGAUAUGCUUAAUUUAGAGGUGUCAACAAUUCCUGUCUUGAGCUCACUUAGCAGGUCUGGCAUUAAGAUCUUGGUUUACAGUGGAGACCAAGAUUCUAUCAUCCCACUGACUGGGACUCGGACACUAGUCCACAGGUUGGCAAAUGAGUUGGGAUUGAACACAACUGUGCCUUACAGAGUUUGGUUCGAGGGAAAACAGGUUGGUGGAUGGACACAAGUGUAUGGUGAUAUCCUGACUUUUGCUACCAUAAGAGGAGGUUCUCAUGAAGCUCCAUUUUCUCAACCACAGAGAUCACUUGUAUUGUUCAAUUCAUUUCUGAAAGGAAAGCCAUUGCCAGAGGCAUUCUGAUCAACUGAUUAAUCGAUCGGGAGUAGAAAUUAUUUAACUGAACGAUGCAUCCAUAUGUAAUAAACAAAAGAAGAAAAUAAUCUAUGUAGUUUUAUCUUCAAUUGUUAGCAAUGUCAUGAAACUUGAAGCUA